CUGGAUCUCUGGACCAGAAUCAAAAAUGUCGGCUUCAUUCCCGACUUACUAUCGACUCGAGGCUCGUCGUGCCAAUAUUUUUAUAUAUCUUCAUCUCAAGUAAGUCCUCAAAAAUCAAUCCAUCACUUUAUUUAUCAAAACAAUUUCAGCUGAAAAUGGCCUACGUUCAAAGUUUUUAUCUUGAUUCUAACGAAGAAUGUGUUCAACAACAACAACUCGCUGGCCCAUCUGAAGAUAGUAUUCUGAUGAAUCUUAUUAUUGGAUCGAAUCAACCAUUGACACAUAGUGUAAUUGGAAGAAUUGUGGCGAGAGGAAACACCGCUGAAAACGUUGAGAAAGAAGAAGAUGAGGAGAAAACUGUUGUCGAGUCAUCGUAUUUAGGAUUUGAGGAAGAUGCUUUGCCACCAAUUUAUCGCGAGCAAAUCAGAAAUGCCAAGAAACAAGAGAAAAAAGCAGAAGCAGCUCCAAUUGUUGAGCAAAAAACUUUUGAAUACUAUGAAUCAAUUAUGAAUGAUCAUAAAUAUUUUGCUCCUCCACAAAAAGCUGAACAACAUGCUCUUCUCACAAAUAAUCUUUAUACACAAGAUUAUAACACGUUGGAUGUUGUUUCAGUUGCUCCACAACCAAAAUCAAAUUAUUUGAUCAUGUCGAAUGAGGAUUUUGAUGAGGUUAAUGGACAGAAGAAAAAGGCUGAAAGUGAUUUUCAAAGUGCAUCAGGUUAUUCGGUUGCGGAAACAUCGACUUAUACAGCAGUAAGUUCGCUCCGAGAAUAAUCAAUCAUGGAGUCUUUUGUUCGGUAGAGCAUGUUUGAGACAUCCUGGAUCGCCUAGACGAUGUUUCAUUUACCGGGCCUAAUAUUGUGGAAAAUUAAUCCAAUUUUCAGCGCGCCGCUGAUAAACCAAGCCGCAACAACAAAUAUCAUGGAUUGAGUGCAUUUCGACCAGUCGGCCAAACUACACAAUCACAAUACGCAUAUGAACAAUAG